AUGAUUCGAAGAUUCACCCUUACGUUGUUCACGAGUAUCGUUCUUCUCAAUGCAGAUGACAGCUCUAACAAUGUCGUGAGUAAGGACCUCAAUUCAACUAACAUUAGGAGUCAGGUUCAGCAAUUCAGUUUCCCACCAAACAAUACGCCGAUCACAAAGGUUUACGUCUUUGGGAAGCCUAUUUACGUCAGACAACCGUUCGUUUUACCAUUACGAGAUGAUCCCUAUAACCCCAGACUCGACAGUUCUCCCGUGGAAGACCAAAGGAGGCCCCCUGUCUCGCCUACCACAACUGUAGUGGACAACGUUGAAGAAUCUGUUAUGAGAGAAGAGUUAGCGAAGCCGGUGAGACAAGUGCUCUCUCUCUUCAUGGCUGUGGUUGUCGCUGCUCCUGAAUUGUAG